AUGCGGAACUCCUCCUCUCCGGACUGCCUGCACGGGCGCGCCGCGCGCCUCUCUCUCGCGGCCGUUUACGCGCUGCUGUGCGCGGGUGGCCUCGCGCUCAACCUGGCCGUGGUGUGCGUGGUGGGGGGCUUCAGGAAGCUGCGCACGGCCAGCAACGCCUUCAUCGUCAACGGCUGCGUGGCGGACCUGCUGGUGUGCGCCGUGUGGAUGCCGCAGGAGGCCGUGGCCGUGUCCACCGGGGGCGGGGUGGGUCCCCCGGCCCUGCGCGCGCUGCGCGAGGCGCUGCUGCUGCUGGGCAUCACCGUCUCGCUCCUCUCGCACUCGCUGAUCGCCGUCAACCGCUACGUGCUGAUCACCAAGAGCCCCGGCACGUACCAGGCGCUGUACCAGAAGAGGCACACGGAGUGGAUGAUAGCGGGCUCGUGGCUCAUCUCUCUCGCCUCCCUGUUGCCCUGGAUCACGGGCUUUGGGUCCAGGAAUGAGGGGUGCAGGGAUGCAGCAGCAUCAGCAUUGGCAUCUUUAUCAUCAGCAUCAGUGUCAGCAUCGUCCUUAGCAACGGCAGCAUCAGCAUCAAUAUUAUCAGCAUCAGCACCACCAUUGAUAUCAUCUGCAUCCCCAUCACCGUCAUCAUCAGCAUCUGUAGUAGCGACAGUAUCUUCAGCAUUAGCAUCCUCAGCAUCAGUAUCACCUGCAUUAGCAUCACUGUCACCAGCAUCAGUACCACCAGCAGCAUCCUCAGCAUCAGCACCAGCAUCCUCAUCAGCAUCCUUCACCAUGGGCCUGCCGCUCCUGGCCCAUCCGCCCUCAGCCGGCACCCUCGCCCUGACCAUCCUGGGCCAGACGGCCGUGGUCCUGUACUGCUACUUCAAGAUCUUCCGCCGCGUGCAAAGCAGCGUGAAACGCGUGAGCGUCCUGAACUUCCAGCUGGUCAACAGCCUCCCCUGCGCCUUCCCCCGCAAGGACAGGCGCCUGGGCCUCUGCGUACUGGCCGUGUGCUUCGUGUUCCUGCUGACCACCCAGCCCGUGUGCUGGACGCUGGCUGCGGCCAUGUUCACCCGCGUGCCCGGGCCGCUCUGGACCUUCUCCUGGCUCCUCUUCUGCACCGUGUUUGUGUGCAACCCGUUCCUGUACACGUGGAAGAACGAGGAGUUCCGGCGGUCUCUGAGGUGCGUGGUGAGGGGAGAGUUGUGGAGGGGGUCCACUGUGGGAGUGGAGCCCAGCACGGUCAGCAGCAUCUCACACCUGCUGCCCCGCCAGAGCAGCCGCAGGGCUUUUCUGAGCCAGGCUAACUGAGCCCAGUCCUGCAGUACCUUCCACUCAGUCACAUUCUUAAUGAUCAUUAUCCUGAUGGUGAUGAAGAUGAUAAUGCUGAUAGUGAUGAUGAUGGUUAUAAUAAUGAUAAAGAUGAUGAUGGUGAUGGUGAUUAUAAUGAUAUUGGUGA